AUGACGGAAUUCACUACUCCUAACGAUUACUUGAGGUUGAAGAGGAUUCGAGGAGGUCAUUUCACUUUUGAUGCAUGCUUUUCUGAUUCGGCUGCUCAACAGGAAGUGUAUUCUACAUCAACCUCGGAACUUGUGGAAGCAGUUAUGCAAGGGAAGGAUGGGACAGUUUCUUGUUAUGAUGCCACUGGAGCUGGAACAACAUACACAAUGCUUGGUACUAUGGAAAACCCGAGAGUGAUGGUGUUGGCAAUUAAGGAUCUCUUCAGUAAAAUCAGGAUCAGAAGCUAUGAUGGAAACCAUGUAGUUCAUCUGUCCUAUCUUGAGGUUUAUAAUGAAACUGUAAGAGAUUUGAUUUCACCUGGAAGGCCUCUUGUUUUGAGAGAAGAUAAGCAGGGGAUUGUGGCAGCAGGUCUUACGCAAUACAGAGCUUACUCCACCGAUGAAGUGAUGGCAUUGCUUCAGCAGAGAAAUCGUAAUAGAACUACGGAACCAACUCGUGCAAAUGAAACAUCUUCACGUUCUCAUGCUGUUUUGCAGGUCGUGGUUGAAUACCGAGUUAGAGAUGCUGCAUUGAAUAUUAUUCACAGAGUGGGCAAACUUUCAUUGAUUGAUCUCGCAGGCUGUAUCAAUGCUCUUGUAGAGGGCAAGAAGCACAUUCCAUACCGAAAUUCUAAACUAACCCAGUUUCUCAAAGAUUCAUUAGGAGGAACUUGCAACACCGUCAUGAUUGCAAACAUAAGCCCGAGUAUCCUCUCAUUUGGUGAAACUCAAAACACUCUUCAUUGGGCUGAUAGAGCAAAGGAGAUUCGAACAAAGGCACCUGAUGCAAACGAGGAUCUAUUACCGGUACCUAAAACAGAAAAAGACCAGGCAAAGCUGAUACUUGGGAUACAAAACGAGAAUCGUCAAUCGCGAGUUCAACUAGCACGCCAAAAUCAGUUGCUUUUGAAACUCAAAGCACAAUCCUUGGCUGCAGAUUCUUCCCCAACAUCCUCCAAUCGCUCUCUCUCUCGAACCGCAUCUCCUCCUCCGACCCACAAUCCUUAUCCUGCAACAACAUGCCGGUAA